AUGGACGAAUUACCAUUCAUCGAAAGUGGUGGCCAUCCUGCUCGCUCGUGGCUCUCAUCCCUAUUCUGGACUAUUCUCCUGCCCAUUGCUGUCACCUUGUCAACUCUGGUCACUGCCUUUAUUCUCACCCUACCUUCCCCUUAUGAUCCACAACAUAACUAUCCAGUAGAUGAAGCUUCUUUUUCCGACGAGGAUAGACAAAAUGAGCACUCUGGAUAUGCUUACUACAAAAAGAAUCCUGGUGCAACAAAUGAUGCUUCCGUCACGGUCCUGGUACUAGGUGAUAUUGGAAGAAGUCCGCGCAUGCAAUAUCACGUUGCCAGUAUAGCUGCUCAUGGAGGUCGUGUCAGUCUCAUCGGCUAUCUGGAAUCUGAGCUUCUGCCUGAAAUCAGAAACAACCGCUUUGUCACUGUCAUUCCUCUGGCUCCUCCGCCGGAAGCCCUUCGCAACGCCAACAAGAUGCUCUUCCCUAUCAUUGCCCCUUUGAAGGUCCUCUGGCAGAUUGGAACCGUCUGGCAUGCCUGUGGUUAUCGCACAAAAGCCACAAAGUGGAUGUUGGUCCAGAAUCCUCCUUCAAUCCCUACUCUGGCAAUCGCACAGGCUAUGUGCUUCAUUCGUCAUACACGUCUGAUUAUCGAUUGGCACAACUUUGGCUACACCAUCCUUGCCCUCAAACUAGGAAAUAAGCACCCUCUGGUCCAAGUCUCGGAAAUGUAUGAACGCUACGUCGCUCGCGCUGCAAAUGCUCACUUUAGUGUUACCAACGCUAUGGCCAGAGUGCUCAAGCAGCGAUUUGGCGUUGAAGCUACACCCCUGCACGACAGACCAGCUGCUCAAUUCCAGCCAUUGAGUCCAGCACAACGUUCUGAGUUCCUACACAGAUGCCCGGAAACAGCACAUUACGCCAAACACCUCGAUCACGGUAGUUACAAACUACUCGUCAGCUCUACUUCCUGGACAGCAGAUGAAGACUUUUCAAUUCUUCUUGACGCCCUAGUAGCCUAUUCCGCAACCGUCUCCAUGGCCACCCAACACUCCUACCCAAAAAUCCUCGCCAUUAUAACGGGAAAAGGUCCUUUGAAAGAUCAUUAUCUCAACAAAAUCUCCACCUUGACCAAGGAAAAGAAACUCACCAAUGUCAAGAUUGCAACCGCAUGGUUGAGCAAUGAAGACUAUGCCUCCCUGCUCGCCUCCGCAGACCUCGGUGUCUCGUUACACACCUCAUCUUCAGGUGUAGAUUUACCCAUGAAAGUAGUCGAUAUGUUUGGAACAGGGUUACCAGUAGUGGGAUGGUCGCGCUUCGAAGCCUGGAAAGAACUUGUCCACGAAGGCGUAAACGGAUUUGGCUUUUCUAGCGCUGACGGUUUGGAAACACUGCUGGAAGAACUGUUUGGAAGCAAAGGUGCGAGAACAUUGGCGGCGGUACGGAAAGGUGCUAUGCAGGAGUGUGCAAGGAGGUGGGAGGAUGAGUGGUUCCCUGUUGCUGGAAAGCUUCUGGGGCUUGAGGCAAAGGCCAAUGUCGACGCCAAAGCGGUUUGA